AUGGAAUGGCCGCCGCCCCACAGGCUCCUUCUUCUGUUCCUGCUUGCCUUCUCUUGGCGGCUUGGAGGAGGAGCAGGGAUUGGGGGCUUUGGAGUUGGAGCUGAGGAGUUGAGCAGCAAUGGAGCUUCUUUUAGUCGUAGAAAGCCUUGGAUUGUAGUCACGGAGAGAUCAGAGAUAAGAAUGCUGCAGAUUGGUGGUGAAAACCAAGGUGCCGGGUAUCUUUUCUCACAUGUACAAGCUCCAACAUCAGGACCAGUGUCUGCUCCAUCACCCUCAGAAUUCAUAUCAUCACCACCAGAAGGUGCACCAUCACCAUUUUAUUCACGACCGACGCCACAGCGAUCCCCUUUACGCCAUGAUCCACCAAUAGUCCUUCCACAUCCGCUUAAGUUUAAGCCCGCAGCUGGGGGAGCUGGGCAUGAUCAUUCGGUUCAAACUCCAUCUCAUAAGCAUUCCUGGACAACCUAUGGUUUAGUUGCAGCAGGGGUUGCUGCUUUCCUUAUCAUAUCAGCAUCUGGUGCUCUGUACUGCCGAGCUAAAAAGGUGGGGACUGUGAAACCUUGGGUGACAGGACUUAGCGGACAAUUGCAAAAAGCUUUUGUAACAGGUGUACCUGCACUGAAACGAUCAGAGCUGGAAUCAGCGAGCGAGGAUUUCAGCAAUAUAAUCGGCUCCACAUCUAGCUGCAUGAUGUACAAGGGAACUUUAUCGAGUGGAGUUGAAAUUGCAGUUGCGUCGAGUUUGGUAACGUCUGCAAAGGAUUGGACCAAAGAAUGUGAAUCACAGUACAGGAAAAAGAUCACAACUUUGUCCAAAGUAAACCACAGGAAUUUUAUGAACUUGCUUGGCUACUGUGAGGAAGCGCAUCCUUUUACCAGAGCCAUGGUAUUUGAAUACGCUCCGAAUGGGACGCUUUUUGAGUAUCUGCAUGUGAGAGAAGCCGAGAAGCUGGACUGGGUGACGCGGCUGAGGAUAUGCAUGGGGAUCGCCUACUGCCUGGAGCACAUGCACCAGCUGAACCCACCCGUGGUGCCGAGGAGCUUGGACUCGACGACCAUAUACCUCACCGACGAUUUCGCCGCCAAGGUCUCAGACCUCGAAUUCCCAGACGACGGCGCAAAGGGAUCAUCACCUCGUUCAGCCACAUCAGACCUGGAAACCGCGGUGCAGAGAUACGGCGUGGUGCUGCUGGAGAUACUGACGGGGAGGGUGGCCUGCUCCGACGAGGACGGGCCGCUGGAGCGGUGGGCGUCCCGCUACCUGGACGGCGAGGUGCGGCUGGCGGAGCUGAUCGACCCCAGCAUCGGCUCCUCCUUCUCCGAGGAGGCCGCGCGCGCGCUGUGCGAGGUGGCGAGGUCCUGCGUCGACCCGGACCCGAAGAGGAGGCCGACGAUGGCGGAGGUGGCGGCCCGGCUGCGGGAGGUCACGGCGCUGGGGCCCGACAGGGCCACCCCCAAGGUGUCGCCACUGUGGUGGGCUGAGCUUGAGAUCAUGUCUUCUUCUGACACCUGA